AUGGCAGAGAGAGACAUGAGACAGCCGCACGCACGCACGUACCGCAUCGAAACGAACAAGGCUUCUCCUAAGCCACACCCCCAAGCAAAGCAAGGAACAGCAGCGGCAGUGCUAUGGAUAGUGUACGUCCUAGUAAUGAAUCCCACGCCGUCACGUGAGCAAACUGCUUACUCGCCAUCAUUACUCAGUCAGCCAAUCCAUCCCCCAAGGCCAGACGGAGUGCCGCCUGCGCCAUACCUGCGCCAUCCGCCCAUCCGCCCAUCCUCCCUCCCUCCAGCCAGCCAGCCAGCCAGCACUGCACAACACACACUGACACUCAUGUACCUACCACACGCCUGUCUCCCAAGCAAGCAAGCAAACAAGCAAGCAAGCAGCACGCAAACCCGCCGAGGUCAGCCGAGAACACGCACCACCGCGUGCAUCUCCAAGACUUCCAUGAGCCCAACUUGA